AUGGCCUCGCGAUCACUAGGCGAGCUCCUGCUCCGCCCGUCGUCCCUCGCUCGCAUACCGCACGCGCAUGUGUCGAAGCAGACAUGGCCGUGGAUAUGUCAUCGAAGCUUCUCCCAGUCACUGAGCCGCGCAGCACAAUCGAGCCGACAGGACGAGAGCGACGAGCAGUACAUACCUGAGCAAGAAUCGCAAAGGCCACAAGUCCGCUACAUGUACAACCAACCGGCUGGGGCGCCACAAUCACAACCGCAACCCACUCUAGACGAAACCACACGAACAAUCGACUCGCUCUUCAGCGGCAUCCCUACAAACCGCACUCCACCGCCGUACAUGCCGAGAAAUGCUGCAACAACAACCACAUCUCAAGCCAACCGUGUGUUUGGCGCCGAGUUCUCAAACACAAAGAGUGCGCGACCCACUCGUCUGAACUUCGAUUCCAUGGCAUUACCCGACUCGAUGCUGAACCCUACCUUGUCCAACAAGCCCUCUGACGCCGCCAAUCUUGCUGUCCAGCAAGAAGAGACAUUCUCCUCUUACCCGCGGCUCAACCCAUCCUACGGCCGCUCGGUAGAACUGGAUGCCAGUCGCGGACGCGAUAUCGUGCGGGGAAUCGGCAUGCUGGGCAGUCUGGUUGCGCGAAACAAAGUCAAGCAGGACUUCAACAAACAACGGUUCCACGAGCGAGGGGGUCUAAAGAGGAAGAGACUGGCGUCGGAGAGGUGGAGAGCGAGGUUCAAGCAGGGCUUCAAAGACGUCACAGGACGAGUUACUCAGCUUACGAAGAAGGGAUGGUAGACGUCGAAGCAUGUCCAGCAUAGCAUGUAUGAACUAGGCAUGAGCUUUACACACUGUAUUAUAGCAGCAUUUGCAUGUGGGUGUCGUGCAUGGGAGGGCGAGCCUCUGGACCC